CCGUCUCUGGUACUGUCAUCAAACGGCGCCGGUGUUUCACUAUCGGCUACUGAGAAUAGUUCUGGUUCCACUUCGAAACGUUCAGUUGACAACUCUCCAGACUGCAGUAUAGAAAGCCUCCAUAAGGACACAAUUAAAGUAAGGAGUAGAUAUCUGGAGUAGCAACAGUUAUCCGGAGGUCCCAACAGCGCCCGGUGCCAGAGCGCGCCCUGCUGACGCAACCACGUCAGUGCUGUUCACUGCAUGACCGUCAGCAAUGUCCCCAGAACGGCCCAGGGAGGGACCGAGGAAAGUCACUGAACCAGUCUCACAUUGUGCUGCCGGGCCACCUGUUAAAGAGCAGCCGCUGUCAUCGCCUGGGUCUCCGUGAAGUAGCAUGCGGGACGAGAUCCGCUCGGAGCGCACUGAGCGGGACGAGCCCAAAGUGAAGUGAGAAGGAGCGGAGAGAGGCGCGCUUCCGCACCGCAUGUUGAGCCAGCAAGUUGCCUGACAGAACAAAAGUCGCGUCGACGGGGAAGACGGGGAAGACGGGGAGACGCUCUCGGAUUUAACAAAGCUUUUCAGGGACACUUGUUUCGGAAAAAUGAAAUUCGCGGAGCAUCUUUCGUCCCAUAUCACCCCAGAGUGGAGGAAACAAUAUCUUCGCUAUGAGGCCUUGAAGGAAAUGCUGUAUUCGGCCCAGGACCAAGCCCCAUCCAUAGAAGUCGCAGAUGAAGACACAGUGAAGCGAUACUACGCUAAGUUUGAGGAGAGGUUUUUCCAGAUCUGUGAGAAGGAGCUUCUGAAAAUCAACACAUUCUAUUCAGAAAAGCUCGCUGAAGCUCAGCGACGGUUUGCAACGCUGCAAAAUGAGCUGCAGUCAUCAAUGGAUGCCCAGCGAGAGAACAACACUCCGCACGGCCUUCGCAAACGCAAGACGUUGUUCCACCUGACGCAGGAGGAGCGCUCCAAGCACCACAACAUCAUGGACCUGAAGCUAGCCUUCAGCGAGUUCUACCUCAGCCUCAUCCUGCUCCAGAACUACCAGAACCUGAACUUCACUGGUUUCCGUAAAAUCUUGAAAAAACAUGAUAAGAUUCUGGACACGACUCGUGGAGCCGAGUGGCGUGUGGCUCAUGUGGAUGUGGCCCCUUUUUACACCUGCAAGAAGAUUACUCAGCUCAUCACUGAGACAGAGACUCUGGUCAUCACAGAGCUGGAGGAAGGAGAUCGUCAGAGGGCUAUGAAGAGGUUGAGAGUUCCUCCUCUGGGGGCAGCUCAGCCUGCUUUGGCCUGGACGACCUUCAGAGUGGGUCUCUUCUGUGGUUUCUUCAUCAUUCUAGUUGUCGCCUUCGUUCUCACUGGUGCUGUUUUCAUGCGCUACGAGAACAUUUGGCCUCUGGUGCGCAUCUAUCGUGGCGGCUUCCUGUUGAUCCAGUUCCUCUUCCUGCUGGGGAUUAACACCUACGGCUGGAGACAGAAUGGAGUCAACCAUGUUCUCAUCUUUGAGAUUGACCCUCGAGAAAACUUGUCACACCAGCACCUGUUUGAGAUUGCUGGUUUCCUGGGUGUGUUAUGGUGUCUCAGCAUCCUCUCGUGUCUGUACUCAGAGUACACCUACCUCCCCAUGCAGAUCAACCCUCUCAUUCUUUACGGCUUCAUGGUGCUCUUCCUCAUCAACCCAUUUAAAACCUGCUACUACAAAUCCCGCUUCUGGCUCAUCAAACUGCUGUUUCGUGUUUUCACUGCACCGUUUCAUCGGGUGGAAUUUGCAGACUUCUGGCUUGCAGAUCAGCUCAACUCCCUGGUGUUUGUACUCAUGGACUUCGAGUAUCUCCUCUGCUUCUACAUCUUUGAGUUGCAGUGGAGCAACAGCAAGGGGCUGCUUCCCCCAGAUUCCAGUGACCGCAUCUGCCACAGUUACUGGUACGGCCUGCGCGCCAUCAUCCAGUGUCUGCCCGCCUGGCUUCGUUUCAUCCAAUGCUUGAGGCGUUACCGUGACACCAAGAGGGCCUUCCCACACCUGGUCAACGCCGGCAAAUACUCCACCACCUUCUUUGUUGUCACCUUCGCAGCUCUCUACGCCACACACCAGGAACAAGGACACACGGACGCAGACAUGUUUCUGUACCUUUUGAUCGUGUUCUCCACCAUCAGCUCCCUCUACACUCUGACCUGGGAUCUAAUUAUGGACUGGGGUUUGUUUGACCGUGGAGCAGGAGAAAACACUUUCUUGAGAGAAGAAAUCGUUUACCCGCACAAGGCCUACUACUACUUUGCCAUCGUGGAGGACGUGCUUCUGCGUUUUGCCUGGACCAUCCAGAUCUCUCUUUCUACAAUGACCGAUCCUCACUCUGUGGGCGACAUCGUGGCCACCAUCCUAGCUCCUCUGGAAGUCUUCAGGCGCUUCGUGUGGAACUUCUUCCGUCUCGAGAACGAGCACCUGAAUAACUGCGGCGAGUUUCGAGCGGUGCGGGACAUCUCGGUGGCGCCGCUCAACGCUGAUGACCAGACGGUGCUGGAGCAGAUGAUGGACCAGGAAGACGGCGUCAGGAACCGUUCAGGCAAGAUCUGGAAGAGGAACCACAGCUUGUCUCUCCGACGCGCCCAGCUGUUGUCCUCACACUCAAAGAAGGACACAAAGGUGCUGAUUGAAGAUACGGAUGACGAGGCCUUCAGCUGAGUCCGCUCCAUCAUCUAAAACACACACACACACACACACACACACACACACACACACCAUGCUAUACUUAUAAGGACCGCCUUUCUUUUUCUCCUUCAUAGUGUGACAAGUUGGUUUAAACAUCAGUGUAAUUGCUUAAAUGCAUAAGAAAGCUCCUCACUUUAACAGAAAUUACCUCAUCUUCAUAAUCUCUCAGUGUCUAGAGUUGGUCCUUAAAAGUAUAGGAAACACAAAGUACAAUCCAGAGACACACAAAGACAAAGAGAAACCUGCUGAAGCACAAGCAACAUGUCAUCUCGGUGCUGUUGAGGAGAGAGCCGACGCUACAUUCACACUGAUGUCAAAGAAACCUUCUUCACUUAACUUACAGAAGCAGACCACACUGCCUGGGAUGAUUCACUUCUUUUAUCGAGAAUGACUUCUUUACUGUCUUUUGGGGUUUGUUUGUUUUUUUUACCUUGAGAUGUUUUGGGUUUUGUUGAGUUUCACUUCAGGAUAUGCUGCAGACGACUGUUCACACGCCUUUCUAACACCUCCAGGAUCAACAGGGAGAAGACGAAGCCAAUGAAAGACUAAAACCAGGAAUCUAAGAAAGGACUGAACACACGUGACACCAUAUCUAACAAAUCAACUGGUUUCAACUUGUUGAUUUCUUUUAUACUCCUCUUUUUAUGUUUUUUUUUUCUUUAGCUGUAGUGAACGAUCGCAACCCUUGAAGCACUUGCAGGAAAAGUGCGUUUACAACAUGAAAAAGGUUCCUUAAAUAUGAAAGAUGUUUCAAUUCAAACACUUAUCUUUGACGUUUCUUUGUUAUAUACGUGUAUUACUACUACAGAUGUUUAUACUAAUAGACUGUUGAUGUGUUUUAUAGCAUUAAAUGUGCCACGUCUUUAUCAAAAACGCAAAGCCCUGAGGUACUCCCUUACUUAAUUGGAGGAUUUUAAAUCUCUGAUGUUAUCUUAAAGUGCUCUUUUACACAGACUUCAGCGUUGCAAUUAACACUGGUUACCAAAGUUUUCUUAUGAAUGUGAUUCAAAUGAGGAUAAAUCUGUUCAUCACGUCUGUCUGAUGGAGUCAAACAAUACCAGUGCCGGAGUUUUGUUUAUCUGCUGCAAUCUGCUUCAUUUUGUAGUCAACCUGCGGCUUGUUGGAGACAUGAGUGGGCAUCUAAUCCUAUAAAAGGUCUUUAUAUAGGUUCAUCUCAGUAAAUUAGAAUGUCAAAAGAAUGUUCAUUUAGUUCAGUAACUCACAAAAUUAAACUGAUGUAGAUUCAACCUUUGUUUGGUCCACAGCAAACAGAAGGGUGGACCAGUUAAUCUCCACGUGACGAACAGUAUUUACUACAAAUAGUUAGCUGGGUCUCUUUCUACAUGAGUUACUGCAUCAGUGCGGCGUGGCAUGGAGGAGAUCAGCCAGUGGUUCUGCUGAGGUCUUCAGGAAGUUGAACUACGAGCGCCUCCAGUUUGUUUGCAUUGUCUUUGUUAUCUCGUUUUCCUCUAGGUAAUACAUAGCUUCUCUAUUAGGUUCAGUUUUUCUGGCCAGUCAUGGUUAGUCAUUGAUAUUAUGGUCAUUAAUGUAGGUAUUGAUACCUUAGAUACCUUUGGCACUGUGGAAAAUGAAAUCAGCAUCUCGAGAAAGAUGGAAACAUGAUUUGAUCUAAAAUGUUCUGGUAAACGGUUGAAUUCUGUGCGGCUACACUUGGUUUCAUUUGAACUUUUGACAGCAGGCCUUUAUUUUUCUCUUUAUUCAAGUUAAGGGGAUUUUGAUGUCUCUUGUUUAGGAGUGUUCAGUUUGCCAGUAUCCUCCUAUGUGUGGCGUUAAUUACACAGUUGUACUUUUUCUUUCCACUCAACUUUCCAUUAAUGUACUUGUGUAUGGCUGUUCUUCCCCACACCAUUAACUUUACAUCCGCCAUGAAACAGUUGGUUAGCUGCAAGCCACAAUCAUCGGUUAACAGAAAUAAAUGCUUGAAACGUUUCUCAGUGUGUCAAAUAAAUGAGUUUCACUGAUGUUUUAAUUUACAGAAAUGGGAAUUAAAGGUGACGGUAAUCAGCUAAAAGCAGAAGCUAAAUAAUUUUCAUGCGCUGUGGUUACUGUCCAGAGAUGAAUAUGUUGUAUAGUUUUAGGACUAAAGUUUUUGUAACAGUUUAAAUUAAAGCUUCUUGCUGAAUUGGUUUCUGCUUACAAAGAAAUGUUUGUGCGUGCUUUGAUUUCUGUGAUCGCAGCACCAGGGUGCUGAUGGAAACUGGGAUUUCUCUCUGUUGCCAAAUUACUCCUUAUGUUGACUUUUGAAUAAAUUCAGAGGGUAGUCUGGCAUUUUUAUUAUUAUUAUUAUUUCUGUGAAUUAAAUAUUUGCUGAUUGUCAGACUUCUAUUACUCUGCGCUUCAUUUAAGUUUUUGAUCUUCAGUGUGGCCUCGCCUGUUUGACUUCAGGUGUUGUGGUUUCUUCAGAUAAAUGUGCUGACGUCUGCUCUUAUUUCUCUGCUGGCUUUGCUCACAUACGUUACCAGAAUCUUUUAGUGAGUUCCUUCUUCUAGUAACAAGCCCAGAAAAAAAAUGACUCGUCUUGUUUUCUGGUUGCUUAUACUCCCAUCCGAUCUUAAUGUGAACUGGAAAGUUUAAAGGGUGGAAAACCUCUCUGUCCACAUUGAUACUCUGCAUAGACACUGCAACAGGCAUUCACACACACGCUGACAGCUCACAUCGUCUCUCUUGUCAGACAGUUUUGUAUAAAGGUUAUGUCGUCUUGCCUGCAUGCUGCUCUUGUUUUUACUUUGUACAGAGCUCUUAAUUUAUUCAACAUAGUGUUUAUAUUAGUAAUGUUUGCACACACCGACAAUGAUGAAUUUUUAUUUGUAGCCAUUUGUGCUCCUGGACAAGCAGUAUUUUUUAGGCAAAGAGGAGCUUUUUGUUGAUUGUAUACAAUCCUGCACUCUUAUUUUGAUUUCUCCUCUGCCUGUGUAAAGCUGUUGAAACGUGUUUGUAAGAAGAAGAAGAACUGAUGUUUCGCUGUAUCUUGUUGGUGGUUUCUUUAAAUUUAAAAGCCUCACGGCGCAGGUGCGGGGGCAGAUUCCUGAGGCUGAUAUGCUGUUUGUACAUUUGUGAAAGUGCAUGAAAACAUUUGUGACAUCUGUUGUUGGUGACUGUCCUGCAGACAGAAGCACUUUGACACAUUUCAGUUCAGCCCAGGGACAGACUGUGGUCCAAGCAGAAGUCGGUAAACUGACCAGUUUAGAUGACCUGUCUCUGUUCAUAAAAGCUGAAACCAGGGUUAUUUUGUACAGUUUCGUGUUUGAUGAGAUGAUGGUGAAAAACCCUGACAUCCCGUUUUCUGAUUUUGUUUUGGGUUUUUUUUCUUACCCACUGCUUGCUGAAACCUUCAUGGUGUAAAAGUGCUUAAAUGUGUGCACCCCUCACUCCCCAAUUGAUGUCGUUUGUACCCUUUCUCUAAACUAUUUGAACGUGCUAGUACCCGUAGUUUGGUAGAUGGAUGUUCUGGUUUGAUAACUUUUAAGAAAAACAAUACAUUAAAUGUGAUUUUAAGAGAAAAUGUCUGAACAUUUCUCCCCGAGUCGCUUUUACAGAGUAGUUUGUACAUGUUGAGUGUUUACCAAUGUUCUAUGAUGGUUUUUCUCAUGGUCUUUGUAUUUCUGUAAACACUUUGGUGAUCCUGUCAUAUCUGGGUUUUAUAAACCAUGAUUAUUUUUAAAACUCACUCUGCCUCUUGACCCUUCUUUCACCUUCUGUUUUUAGUUUCCAUCAAAUGAGAAGCUCUGCCUAGGGACAUUUUCAGCUUCAGUGGUGCGUCGCUUCAGCUCUGACCGACCUUUUUCCUGAUUCAGAGGUACUUUAGAGUGUGUUGGUUUCCUCUUUGUAAACGCCCGCGUUUGUUUUUAAGGUUUGU